GAAACUCAGAGCACUGGUGCUUCCAAUUGGAUGUGAGCUGCUAUAAAAGGCGCUGAAUUCCCAGGAGAUGUGCACAUUACACUUUUAAACUUAUUGGAUAAAGGCAGCAGAACUCUAUUGGGAAACUUUCAAGGAUUUGGCAAGAAAGUAUUGUGAAAAAAUUGAGAUGUCGCGCAAUCAAUUGCCAGAUUCAUCUUCCUCACCGCCCAUAAAUCAUUUGCCGUAUCACAAUUUCGAUGAUGAUCUGAUCAAUGAGCUGCCUUCCUGUCUCUAUGCAAGUCAACAUCAGGGCAGCCUCGGUGGCGCUGCAGCAUCUGGUGGCAUCUCCAGUAAUUUGCGUCUCAGCUCCAACAAUUUGCGGCACAUACAGCAACACUAUCUGCAGCAUAACAAUGAAAAUCUGCUGGACUCGUCCACGAACACAAAUACGCUGGUGUCGCUACAUUCUAAUAGCGUGACGCCUAUGAUGUGCAAUAGUCCAAGCGCCAGCAGUAGCGGAGGUGGUGGCGGCGGGAAUGCUGUUGGAGGUAAUGAAGCCAAUGGGCCAGGACCGAACUCAGCAAACAAUAGCUUUGGAGCAGCAGCAGCCUCAAACUAUAAGAUUCAGCGGCAGCAAGCAAAUGUGCGAGAAAGGAAACGCAUCCAGAGGUCCGCACCAACUGGGUACACUAAAUGUAGCAUUAAUUCAGCAUUCGACGAAUUGCGCGUGCAUGUGCCAACCUUUCCAUAUGAGAAACGCUUGAGCAAGAUUGAUACGCUGCGCCUAGCCAUUGCAUAUAUAUCGCUGCUACGAGAGGUCCUACAAACGGAUUAUGAUCCACUGACCUAUGUGGAGAAGUGCUUGCGUGGUGAGAUAAAAGCGGAUCGCGCCAAUUGGAAUACAAGCGAUUUGACGGCUCGUCUCUCCUGGAUCAACUGGGAGAAUUUGGGCGUGCAUCCUGGACGACGCACGCUUCUCACAUCAUUAGCGCUGUCUUCGGAGCCAAUGUGCGGUGCACACUGCGGCAUGCCAUAAAUCCCAAUUGGAAGCUGAUCAUUUGCAGCUCUCUCAAAUUUACAUUAAUGCCAGAUACGUCUUCCCAGUACUUAACCCAUCUUUAAGAUAAUGUCAUUUCAAGUUUCUA